CGGCAGAAUGUCACAAGGAUCUUCAAGAUGGACCUUCUUCACAGCUCUGGAGUGGACGCCGUCCAAUACCUGCAGACGCACUACCGGGACGCCCAGGGUUGGUUCCUCUUCGUGUCCUUCGCCGCAGACCUGCGCAACACCUUCUUCAUCUUCUUCCCCAUCUGGUUUCACCUGUGCGAGUCGGUGGGCAUCAGGCUGAUCUGGGUGGCGGUGAUUGGCGACUGGCUGAACCUCGUCUUCAAAUGGAUUCUCUUUGGACAGAGGCCAUACUGGUGGGUCCACGAGACGUCCUACUACAAGAACAUGUCAGCGCCGCACAUCGAGCAGUUCCCGGUGACGUGUGAGACUGGACCAGGCAGCCCCUCGGGUCAUGCCAUGGGUUCAGCUGGCGUUUACUACGUGAUGGUGACAGCGGUGCUGAGCGUCGUGCUGAAGAGGAGCCAGUCGCACUUGAAGAGCUGGUGUGUGCGGGGUCUCCUGUGGACACUAUUCUGGAGUGUCCAGCUCUGCGUCUGCCUGUCGAGGAUCUUCCUGGCCGCCCACUUCCCACACCAGGUCAUAGCAGGGGUCAUCUCAGGCAUGAUGGUGGCAGAGGCCUUCAGCCGCAUCCAGUGGAUCUAUGGCGCCAGCCUCAAGAGGUACCUCAUGACCACACUCUUCCUCUUCUGCUUCGCGCUGGGCUUCUACCUGCUCCUCAAGGUGGUGGGUGUGGACCUGCUGUGGACCCUCGAGAAAGCCAGGAGGUGGUGCGUGCGGCCCGAAUGGGUGCACAUGGACACCACGCCUUUUGCCAGCCUACUGCGCAACCUGGGCACCCUCUUUGGUUUGGGCCUGGCACUCAACUCGCCACUCUAUCAGGAAAGCUGCCGAGGAAAACAGGGCAAGGGCGCCCCCUUCAGGCUGGGCUGUAUAGUGGCCUCCCUGGUGCUGCUGCACCUUUUUGACUCCUUCCGACCGCCCACCAAAAUCGAGAGCCUCUUCUACCUGCUGUCCUUCUGUAAGAGUGCCGCCGUCCCCCUGGCCAGCGCGGCCAUCAUCCCCUACUGCAUCUCCGGCAUGCGGAGCGGAGGCGAGAAGCUGGCGUGAUCCGGACGGAGGGCGAGGUUCUGAUUUGUCUGCUUUAUCAUUUUUUUUACUUUUAAACUCCUCUGCGUGUAUUUAAGGAGACGUCGGCUGCCAUCUCCGUCACUUGAUUUUAUUUAUUGUCUUCACGUUACUGAAAGACUUAAAAAGAGGUCAGGCCAACUAGCCAAUGCCAAGCGAAGAGGCAUCUCUCAGGUCAAACAGUCAGGACAUGGGCACCGGCAAGAAGCACCGAGGUGGCACUCCUGGCACCGAGGAGCCCGUGCUGCCCGGGACACACAACUUGCACCUUUGCACUUCGGCCCGACAGGCAGCACUUGUUUACUUGUGAUCCUCAGUGGGGGGGGUCAGGCCGCUGUGCCCUCCUCGACUUGUGUGUCUUACAUAAUAAACCUGCCGGUGAAGAAGAAAACUGCUGUGUCCUGAGACUGAGCAGGAAACGGGGGGGGGGACGGGGGGGGGGGUAAAGCCUGGUUAAAAAUCAACAAGGACGUGAAGUUCACUCAAGUUUAUCUGAGCUCCCAGGAACGAGACGGGAGAGAAACGACAAAGACCCCCAGUGGUAACAAAUCAGAGAAGAGCAGCGCGUGACGACGCUUAGUGACCAGGGGGUACGCCAUUACGAGUAACACAGUGACAAUGACAGUGACGUCCACCACAGGCUGCAAAUGUGACGGCCACAGCAGCAAGAACUGGGUUAGGAAAGUCCACUCCAGACCACCAAUGGCAGUAAUGGGAGGAGCGACGUCAGCACUGGGUCUAAACGUAACGUGGACACGGUGGCCAAGGACGUCUCCAGCAGAGUGACAUUUACACCAGUCUUACCAGUUGUCAGUAAUGUCUACACCAGUGACACGUACAGCCAUGUAGACCACUGCUACCACCGUGAGUAACACCCACCCUACAAACAGGAGGAUUAGCAGACCCCCUCGUGAUAACAACCACAUUAACAUUUCCAUCACCGGCCCACCAGUAGAACCUGCACAGUAACUUGGACACCAGUGUCACUAGUCGAGAGUAACGUGGGCGCCACUGGUGACAGUAAGAACAGAAACCUCACCAGCUGGCGUCUGUCAAGAGUCACAACUUGAGAAACACGCAGGCCACCGGCGCCCCCACAGCAGCAUUGUCUGCCCCAGUAUAAGUAGACGGGACUAAAGUGACAGCGAGUGACAACAUUAAGGACAAUGUCCUAAACCGUAUGAACACGUGGAGCACCUGCCGUAAGCGGAGUUACUGGCCGUGAGUAACAUCUACACCGAAAGGAGCAGGACCGUCAUCAGUGACGCGUAAGGGCAACACUGCGCUCCUCAGUACCAGCUGUAAGAUUAACGUGGGCACGACAAGUGCCACCAGUGAUGUUUAGACUGGUGCUCCCAGUUAACAGUAAUGUCGACACCAGCAAUAACAAUGAGAACGGCAGGCCCAGCAGAGUUACCUUUGAGAGUGAUGUCCGCACUUGGGGGUCACUGGCGCCCCCGACAGCAGCAUUGUCUGCCCCAGUAUGAGUAGACGGGAGUCAAAUACGUGAAGGACGCGGCAGCGCCAUCAGUGCCACUGUACCCGACAGGACACGUCCAGCAGCGUUUGGAUUUAAAAGUAACGUCUUCAGUGUUUGUGCUCACCAGUAUUACUAGCCAGGAUUUACCAGUAUUACCAGUACGACAACAGGAUUACCUUCAAGACUAACGUCUGCACCAGAGCUCCCAGUGAGAGGAACAUUUUCACACCAGUGAGUCUACACCAGUGCUAGCGGUUAGGAGUGCAGCACACACCAGUAAGAACUCUUAUCAGUCUGCCAUUAUCUAACCUGCAAAGACCUGAGGAGGGUCACAUGGGGGGCCGUCACCGCUAGCAUCAGGUGACAAUAAUGUGACAAACAUGAAACGAGGGGAGAGGAGACCCCCCCGGUCCGUCUGCACUUUAGCUGCCCCCUUAAUCUCCUCCAGAGCCCUCUAAAGGUGCUCAGGGUUUCUUCUUCACCUCCACAUCUCAGUAGUUUGUUGUUUCAGAUUCCCACAAUUCUUUGCGUUACAUUUGUCAUCAGUGUGACUGCUAUGGGGGGGUGUGGGGGUCCAAGAGCACAACUCCUAAAUAUAAGAUUCUGGUCCAAAUAA